AUGGAAAAUCGGGCGCAGCGCGUGGAUAACGCGCUGCAACAGUUACUCUUUCGAUUGAUCCCAUGGAACCAAGAUGACGAUGAAGCAGUCGAAGACCAGCGCUUCGACGAGGCACUGCAAGCGGCCAGACAAACAUUAGAUGACCAACCAUCUUCGGCAGCCGCAGACGAUGUCCAUCACGCCGCCGACUUGAUCAGACAAAAGCUGGUACAUGAGAACAGCCGCCCGGACAAAGCCCUCCACUUCUCCAACCUUUAUUCGCGACUGCUGAGCCAGCCUGUCCUCGACCGAAAAUGGGCUAUCUUGUACUUCUUGUAUCGGCUCUCAGAUUCUGAGGCUGGACCAGCACCGGAUGCUGUCCCCUCGCCUACACCCCGCCCGCAACCUCCCUUGCGACAACAGAGCAGCGACGCCCCUGCUUUCAACGAUGCCUUCUCUCGCAAUGGUCUACCCAGAGUACCCGAUUCCGAAGAUCCAGAGCCCGUACGAUUAUCACAAACUCGAGAAAGAAUGCCUCUACGCGCAUCAACACGCUCAAUAGAACCCUCACCAGAGCCGACAUACUCGGCAAACCCGCUGGAUGCGCCAACCGAAGCUCAAUUGCUGCGCGACCUGCCAUUUACAUUGCAAGGUCUCUCCUCGACCAAUCUCGCAUUCUCCGAUUCUUCGCUCAAACUACCUUCAACGUUACCUGUGCCUAUAAUAAGUUUGCUUCACACGCUUGCCGAGCCUUCGCUACUUUACCGGAGUCUAUCAACAUUCGUCGAGUCUUCUGAAGGCGGUCUGGUGGGCCAAAGUUUGCGCUCUGCGAUCGGCGUCGAGUUGAGAGCAUAUCUUGGAUUGGUGGCCACGCUCGAAGCGCAAAUCAGAAGAGCCUUGACCCAAUUACAAGAAUCGCCAGGAAACUUGGGUCUGGGAAAGGCUGGCGUGACGUUGAAGCGAUGUGUUGUGUGGACUCGUGAAGCGACAAUGGGCUUGAGGUUGAUGAGUAUGAUGGUCGAAGAAGCAAAAGAGAAGAAAGGAGGCGAGCUGAUAUCGCUCAUACACUCCUACGCCUCAUCACACGGCGAUCCCUUUGUGUACACUUUUGCGGAGCGACUCUUGAUCCAUGUAACCCGGCCUUUCUAUACUAUGCUACAACACUGGAUCUACGAUGGCGAGCUUGAAGACCCUUUCCUGGAGUUUUUCGUCUACCAAAACCGUGAUGUUGACUUGGACUCUGACCCUCGUCGUGGUGGUGCGACAAGUGUCUGGGAAGACAAAUAUCGUCUCAAGGACAGCAUGAUACCUACCAUCAUCACACAGGAUUUCGCAAAGAAAGUUUACCUCAUUGGCAAGUCACUCAACUUUAUCCGCUAUGGUUGCGGUGACUCGGCUUGGGUCGAGAACCAUAGCAAGAGCUCUAUGCGAGAGCUUCGUUAUGGCGAUACAGCUACACUUGAAUCAUCGAUUGACUCCGCAUACAAGGGCACCAUGGCUCGUCUCAUUUAUCUGAUGGAAGAUAAGUUCAAGUUGUUUGAGCAUCUGGCAGCACUCAAGAAGUACCUCCUGCUGGGACAGGGUGACUUUGUUGCCUUGCUGAUGGAAUCUUUGGCAUCAAACCUCGAUAGACCAGCCAACAGUCAGUAUCGACACACCUUGACUGCUCAGCUGGAGCACGCCAUUCGUAACAGCAAUGCCCAAUACGACUCCCCCGAUGUGCUUCGCCGUUUGGAUGCUCGUAUGCUUGAGUUGUCUCACGGCGAAAUUGGCUGGGAUGUGUUUACACUCGAGUACAGAGUUGAUUCUCCUUUGGAUGUUAUUGUCACUCCGUGGGCAUCAAAGCAAUACCUCAAGGUCUUCAACUUCUUGUGGCGUGUCAAGCGCGUCGAGUUUGCAUUAGGAAGCACAUGGCGGCGAACAAUGACCGGUGCUCGAGGAGUACUUGGGGCUGUCGGCGACAAAGUAGACGCCGACUGGAAGAAUGCUAGAGGUGGCAUCGCAGAGAUGAUCCAUUUUGUCUCACAACUUCAACACUACAUUCUCUUUGAGGUCAUUGAGGCUGGCUGGGAAGGACUGCAAAAAGCCAUGCGUACACCGGACGCCACUCUCGACGAUCUGAUUUCAGCCCAUGGAGCCUAUCUGCGCAGCAUUACUCGCAAGGGCCUUCUAGCCCCUUCAGGCUCACAAGCCUCCUCAUCCACAGCACCAGAUUUUACAGCCCAACUCCACGAACUCCUCAAACUGAUGCUAGCAUACAAAGAUGCGGUCGACAGCCUAUACUCAUACUCGGUAGCCGAAUUCACACGCCGUCAAGACCUCGCUGCUAAGAUCGAAACACGCACAGCAGCAGGCACCUGGGGCGUGACAGAAAAAGACGAGAACGAGUUUGGCUCCUCGCACAUGAGCAACACCCACAAACGCAGCUCUCGCCACCCCAACGACCGCGACAAUGAUUCUCCUAUCCCGCCUUUACUUCCCAUCACCUCAUCUGGCAAUGCAGCAGCCGACGAAGCAGCUAUCUUGUCUUCACUGCGCCAACGCUUGCACUCUCUAGCUACAGACUUCAGAGCUCGCGUUAAUAUCUUGCUUGGAGAUUUGGCGUAUCAGCCAGACGUGGAUAUGAGGUUUUUGGGUGUGGUUAUGAAUUUCAACGAUGUGUAUGCACCGGUGAGGAGGGGUGGGAGAAGAAGACAGGGCACGCAUCAUCAGGAAAGAGAGGUUAAUGAGAAAGCUGCAAGGGAAAGGGGGAAGGAAAGGGAGAGGGAGAGGGUCAAGAGGACGAGGGAGGAGGGUGAGGUUCAUGGGGGUGCUUCUAAGGAGGGUUGA